AUGAGAUUUAGUAAAAGAGUUGGCAAUCAAUACUGGCAGUUAGUGAGCCUGACUAAUGAUCACACGUGUCGUAGGACUGCCAAGAAUAGACAAGCUAAAACCGAGUGGCUAGCUAAGAAGUUGAUACCAAUCCUUAGACAUACACCUGAGAUGAGGCCAAAAGGAUUGAUUGCAGAGUCAUUUGAGAAGUGGGGUGUGAAGCUCUCCUCUGCUCAAGCAUAUAUGGCCAAAACAAGGGCAUUAGAACUAAUUCAAGGUGCUGAGUCAGAGCAAUACUCUAAGUUGAGGAAUUAUGCUGAGGAACUGAGGAGAUCUAAUCCUAAUACUACAGUGAUGAUUAAGUGUGGUGUAUCUGAUAAAAGACCUGUUUUCGAGAGAAUAUAUGUGUGUCUUGAGGCGUGCAAAGCUGCAUUUUCUUAUACAUGCAGACCUUUAAUUGGUCUGGAUGCAUGUUUCUUGAAGGGUGAGUUUGGUGGUCAACUAAUGACAGCAGUAGGACAAGAUGGAAAUAAUCAGAUUUACCCGAUUGCUUAUGCUGUGGGGUUGGUACCAGCUAUUGCUGACUUGGGACCAAACGUAGAACAUAGGCUGUGUGUUAAACAUUUGUACGGAAAUUGGAAAAAGAAGUAUCCAGGCGGACACAUGAAAGAACUACUUUGGCAGGCAGCUAGGGCAACAGUUGUGCCGGAUUGGGAAAGGGCCAUGCAAAAGAUAAAGGAUAUAAAUGAGGAUGCAUGGAAAGACAUGAUGGAAAUAAGACCUUCGAUGUGGACAAGGUCUACAUACCGCACGGGAAGUCAUUGUGAUUUGCAGGUGAAUAACAUGUGUGAGGCGUUCAACAUGGCUAUAUUAGAGUAUAGAGACAAGCCGAUUAUUACAAAAACAAGUUUCAUGGCAACAUAUUCUUACAUUGUUCUACCAUCCAAUGGUCCAAGACUUUGGCCAACAGCUGAAGGGGAACCAAUUAAUCCACCAGUCAUGAGAAGAGCCCCCGGUAGACCCAAGAAGAAAAGAAACAAAGCUAAUGAUGAACCUAUUUCAAGCAACGUGUUGCCGAGGAAUUUGACAACAGUUAAAUGUAAAAGCUGUGGGAAUUUUGGGCACAAUUCAAGAACGUGCAAAGGAAAGACUGCGGCGGAUCGACAAUUGCCGAAAGGAAGUAACAAGACAAAGAAACAAAAGAAAACAUUAAACAAAGGAGGAAACAAGACCAAGAAACAAAAGAACGCAUCAACCACCGAAGCACCUACCCUUUUGACGCAAGGAUCUCAGGCGCCACAAACACAAGAAACAAGUAGUUAG